CGCUUCCGGUUUGGGCUGUGGGAGCGGCCGCGCCGGUACAGGAGGCGCCUGCGCAACGCUGGGUGUCGGCUUCCCUGCCGGCCUAAAGAGGCGGUGAGCGAUGGAGCCCGGCAGCGAUCUGGACCCUGGUCCCGAAGCGGCGCGAGGUGAGGAAGAGCCCAGGGUGAAGAAACGGCGACUCUUGUGUGUGGAGUUUGCGUCGGUCGCGAGGUGCGACACGGCGGUGGCUCAGUGCUACUUGGCAGAGAACGACUGGGAGAUGGAAAGAGCGCUGAACUCCUUCUUUGAGCCGUGCGUGGAUGAGAGCGCCUUGGAAAGCCGUUUUCAGACCCCCUCUGAGCCCGAAACUUGUGUUGACCUAAGCAAUGAAGAUACAACUGAUUCCACUCAUUCUAAAAUCAGCUUAUCUCAAAAUAUUCACCAAGAAGAUGGCAGUAUGUUCUGUUUAAUUACCUGGAAUAUUGAUGGAUUGGAUCUAAACAACCUGCAAGAGAGGGCUCGAGGGGUGUGUUCUUAUUUAACUUUGUACAGCCCAGAUGUGAUAUUUCUUCAGGAAGUUAUUCCUCCAUACUAUAGCUACCUAAAGAAGAGAGCAAGAAGUUAUGAGAUUAUUACAGGUCAUGAAGAAGGAUAUUUCACAGCUAUAAUGUUGAAAAAAUCAAGAGUGAAAUUAAAAAGCCAAGAGAUUAUUCCUUUUCCAAGUACAAAAAUGAUGAGAAACCUUUUGUGUGUGAAUGUAAGUGUGUCAGGAAAUGAACUUUGCCUUAUGACUUCCCAUUUGGAGAGCACCAAAGGGCAUACUACAGAACGAAUCAAUCAGUUAAAAGUAGUUUUAAAUAAAAUGCAAGAGGCUCCAGAGUCAGCUACGGUUAUAUUUGCAGGAGAUACAAAUUUAAGGGAUCAAGAGGUUACCAAAUGUGGUGGUUUACCCAACAACAUUUUGGAUGUCUGGGAGUUUUUAGGCAAGCCUGAGCAUUGCCAGUAUACAUGGGAUACACAAAUGAACUCUAAUCUUGGAAUACCUGGUUCUUGUAAGCUUCGUUUUGAUCGAAUAUUUUUCAGAGCAGCAGCAGAAGGGGGCCACGUUAUUCCCCGAAGUUUGGACCUACUUGGGUUGGAAAAACUGGACUGUGGCAGAUUUCCUAGUGAUCACUGGGGUCUUCUGUGUAGCUUAGAUAUAAUAUUGUGACCUGCUUUUCAAAUAUGAGUUUUAAAUGUACUGUGUAGUUUUGUUCUGGAUUUUAGUAAAUACAAUUUUACCUGUCUGGAAAGAUAGGUUUAAUAUGGAGGAAUUAAUAUACUGGAUCACUGUAAAAGAAGAAAAUCCUUCUGUGACCUUAUUUCAUGGAUUGUGUUCUCAGAUUUCAGAACUAAAUAUUAAUAUUACUUAAACUAAAGCAGGCCCGUGUUCAGAAUAGGAGGGCUCUUAAUUAAGGGCACAAAGCCUGUCACAGCUUUCAGUAAUGGUCACAGUGUCAGCUGGGUUCCAAGCAGGGGGCCAACAACGGCUCGGGAUAGACUUUAUACUUGAUUUGUUUUUUCAAUCAGGUACUAGAAUUGUUAGUAUUUAAAAUAAGCCCUCAAAGAAAAAAAAAAACUUUUUAAUGUCAUAAGAGGUUACAGAGUCCUUGGAACUGGAUCUUUUAAUUAUAUUUGGCAAAUUCAGGUCAUCUUAAAAAGUUAAGUAGAAGAUAACCAUUGUACAUUGGACUUCUUUUGUCAGCUAACAAUGUAUAAAGAAACUUGAUGAUUUAAAACUCCUUGCCUCUUAUUCAUGUUUGUAGUUAUCUCACCAAGAAAGACAAAGUUAGGUUUGAUAAUGAUUAAAGUCAGUUUAUAGCAGCAUUGGACUGUUUUUCUAAGAAAAAAAGUAAAUGUAUAAAGAGAAAUAGGCUUUUAGUAUUGCUACUUGUAAAACUGAAUUAUUUUGCAAGCGUUGAAUAAAGGGCACUUUAAAUGUGCUUUAAAGAAACAUUUCUUUGCACCAGAGUACUUUAAAUAAAGUAGUUUACUUGUUUA